AUGCGGAUGUCGUGUGAGGCAAAACAUGCGAUCCACUGUGCGUGCCUCGUUGGCUGGGUUCUCUGCUUUGCCCUCUUCUGCGGCGCCUUCACCUCCGAUCCCGCACCCAUCCGACCUUUCGAACAAUACGGGUAUGUUUGGACGGUUGUCCUAUACUUGCUGAGGCUCACCUCGUUGCUAGUUCUACCCCAAUGUAUCUUCAAUUUGCUUGGACUGCUCGUUUUCAAUGCUUUUCGAGAAAAGAUUCAAUUAAAAGCGGCACCUCUUCUAUCACCAUUCGUUUGUUUUCGAGUUGUGACACGAGGAGAUUAUCCACUUAUGGUCAAGGAAAACAUUCAAACGAACAUGAAAAAGUGCUAUGAUGCUGGAAUGGAGAACUUUAUCUUCGAGGUGGUCACCGAUCGAGCGAUCAAUUUGCCUAGCAUUCCCCGAGUUCGAGAAGUCGUCGUCCCAUCUUCCUACAGGACAAAGAGCGGAGCAAAAUACAAGGCGAGAGCGCUGCAAUAUUGCUUGGAAGAGGACGUCAACAUUCUGCAGGAAACCGAUUGGAUUGUGCAUCUAGAUGAAGAAACCCUUCUCACUCAAAACGCGAUUUGCGGCAUUCUGAACUUUUGCGAAGAUGGGAAACAUCAAUUUGGGCAAGGUGUAAUCACGUACGCGAACGGGGAUGUCGUCAAUUGGUUCACGACGCUCGCCGAUUCGUUUAGAGUGGCAGAUGAUAUGGGGAAAUUGCGUUUUCAAUUCAAGGCUUUCCACAAACCUCUCUUUGGCUGGAAGGGAUCUUACGUGGUCACACAGGUGGGAGCUGAGAGAAAGGUUUCAUACGAUCAUGGAAUGGAAGGGUCGAUUGCUGAGGAUUGUUUCUUUUCGAUGGUCGCAAUGCAACAUGGAUACACUUUUGAUUUCAUUGAUGGGGAAAUGCACGAGAAAUCACCAUUCACAAUGUUCGAUUUUCUUCAGCAAAGAAAACGUUGGCUACAAGGAAUUCUUCUGACCGUGCACUCGCGCGCCAUCCCGCUCAAACACAAAUUGCUCUUGGCUAUGUCUCUGUAUGCCUGGGCGGCAAUGCCACUUACUUCACUGCAGAUCUUCAUUUGCCCGUUGUUUCCUCUGCCAAAGUUCUUGCCAAUUGAUUUUGCUCUUACAUUUGUUGGAGCUGUCAAUCUCUACAUGUACAUAUUCGGAGUUUUGAAAUCGUGUGCUCAUCGGUAUCGGCGGUCAUUCUUGCGGCUAGUGGGCUACUUAAUUGGAGCGUUGGUGACGAUCCCUUUCAACAUUGUGAUCGAGAACACGGCUGUCGUUCUGGGCAUGUUCGGCGAGAAGAACAAAUUCUUCAUCGUUGACAAGUCGAUGAAAGAGUUGAGAACCGUGCACGACAUC